GAACAUAUACUUGACACUACCUACACUAAAAUUAGUACACGGAAUUUUUAGAGUUUAGAGCAAUAUUAUUUACACACGCUCUUCUCAAUCAUGUGUUAUCUAACCAUGUGUAGCGCACGAGGAGUCAGCUGAUUUGCUCGUCACGCGCAGCCGCAGUGAUAUCUAUUUAAGUGGAAUACCCCGUAUUUCCUCACCUGUAUACAUCUAGAGAUCAAGAUGAAUACACUUUUGGUGAUCGCCAGUUUGUGUGUGGCAGCUUUCGCUACUCCGAUCUUGAACAAAGAUCUCGAUAACGAUUGGGCCCUCUACAAACAAGUACAUACUAAAUCGUACAGCCAGGAGGAGGAGCAGAUGAGACGUCUCAUCUGGGAGGACAAUGUUCACUACAUCCAGAAACACAAUCUGGCUGCGGACCGCGGGGAACACACCUUCUGGUUGGGACAAAACGAAUACGCUGACAUGACCAUCUUCGAAUUCCGGGCCAUCAUGAACGGAUACAUCAUGUCCGCCAACAGAACGAAAGGUCAGACCUACUUGUCCCCAAGCAACAUCGGAGAUCUUCCCGACAGCGUCGACUGGCGAAACAAAGGAUACGUCACACCAAUCAAAAACCAGGGCCACUGCGGGUCAUGCUGGUCCUUUUCCGCCACUGGGUCACUUGAAGGUCAACACUUCAAGGCCGACAAUAAGUUGGUAUCCCUGUCUGAACAGAAUCUCGUCGACUGCUCACAGAGAGAAGGAAACCAUGGGUGCAAGGGAGGUCUGAUGGACAACGCAUUCAGAUACAUCGAGCAAAACAAAGGAAUUGAUACCGAAGAGUCAUACCCAUACAAAGCCAAGGACGGAUUGUGCAAAUUCAAAGAAUCUGAUGUCGGCGCUACCGAUACAGGUUUUGUAGACAUUCCCCACCAGAGCGAGGAAAAACUAGCCGAGGCUGUCGCUACCGUUGGUCCCAUUUCCGUUGCUAUGGACGCCGGCCAUAAAUCUUUCCAGCUUUACAAGGAGGGAGUGUACAAGGAGCCUGCUUGCAGUUCUACAAAACUGGACCAUGGAGUUUUGGCUGUCGGUUACGGAUCUAAUAACGGCAACAACUAUUGGAUCGUUAAAAAUAGCUGGGGAACCUCCUGGGGUAUGCAGGGAUUUUUCAUGAUGGCCAAGGAUGAUCGCAACAUGUGCGGUAUUGCCACACAGGCUAGUUAUCCCAAAGUAUAGAACUCCUUUCGAUCCGGGGGAGUGACUGAUCUAACAUUCAUCCGAAUUUCCUCCACAUGUUUUCAUUUUACUUCCCAUUGUUUUGUUAUCUUUGUCUGAGAUCGUUUUUUACCUGAAAAAAGAAUAUAUGAAUAAAACAUUUUAUUAAAUUUUUA